UACUGUUUCCUCCUGUACACUACAAUACUACAAUACAAUAAUCUGUAUUUUUGUGUUUUGAACUUAUGUGUAUUGUGAUUGUCUUGAUAUCACUGUUUCAAUUUUAGAAAUAAAUCGCAUUAAAAAAUUACUUAUAACACGGUAAUCAAAUAUCAUAAAAAAUAUAAAUGGCCCAGAGAUUUUCGGGCCCAGUGCCUACUCAAGGGCCCGGCGUACCCCCUCAACAAAGAUAUCAACAACCUCAAAAUCCUGGAAUGCGGCAGUAUGGACAACAAACUUUUCCGCAAAGACCUGGCUAUAAUCCACCACCUCCAAACAUGACUUCGAGUGGAGGAACAAUGAUACAAAGACCCAGUGGUACUCCUUACUCGCCAAUGAGGGGUGGACCAAUGCCACAACCGUCUGGAGGGAAACGGCCGGCUGAUAAUCGAGGACCUAUGCAACAAAAACCUGAUUAUGGACACGGAACAAGUAAGAAAAAGAAGAAAUUGGCUGAUAAGAUUCUACCCCAAAAAGUACGAGAUUUAGUACCAGAAAGUCAAGCCUAUAUGGAUCUUUUAGCUUUUGAAAGAAAACUUGAUUCUACUAUAAUGCGUAAACGUCUUGACAUUCAAGAAGCACUGAAACGUCCAAUGAAGCAAAAAAGAAAAUUAAGAAUUUUUAUUUCUAAUACAUUUUUUCCUGCAAAAGAGCCACAAGCUGAUGGUCCUGAAGGUCCUGGACAAGAGGGAUCAGUCGCUUCAUGGGAGUUACGGGUAGAAGGGAGAUUGCUUGAUGAUUCUAAAAAUGACCCCAAUAAAGUAAAACGUAAAUUCUCAUCAUUUUUCAAAUCACUGGUUAUUGAACUUGAUAAGGAACUGUAUGGACCCGACAAUCAUUUAGUUGAAUGGCACCGCACUCUUACAACCCAGGAAACUGAUGGAUUUCAAGUUAAACGCCCUGGCGAUAAAAAUGUACGAUGCACAAUACUGCUUUUACUUGAUUAUCAACCACUACAAUUUAAAUUAGAUCCCAGAUUGGCCCGACUUUUAGGAGUACAUACUCAAACCAGGCCUGUUAUCAUUUCUGCAUUAUGGCAGUACAUAAAAACGCAUAGACUACAAGAUGCUCAUGAGCGUGAAUACAUAGUAUGUGACAAAUACUUAGAGCAAAUAUUUAAUUGUACUCGUAUGAAAUUUGCUGAAAUUCCUCAAAGGUUGAAUCCAUUGCUUCAUCCUCCAGAUCCAAUUGUUAUUAAUCAUGUCAUAUCUGUAGAAGGGGGAGCUGAAAGCAAGCAGACAGCUUGCUACGAUAUAGACGUAGAGGUGGACGAUACUUUAAAAACUCAAAUGAACAAUUUCCUCUUAAGUACUGCUAGCCAACAAGAAAUUCAAGGAUUGGAUUCUAAAAUUCAUGAAACAGUUGACACAAUAAAUCAACUUAAAACUAACAGAGAAUUUUUCCUUAGUUUUGCAAAAGAUCCUCAACAAUUUAUUCAUAAAUGGAUAGUGUCUCAAACCAGAGAUCUAAAGACUAUGACUGACGUUGUGGGAAAUCCUGAGGAAGAAAGAAGGUCCGACUUCUUUUAUCAGCCUUGGGCGCAAGAAGCGGUAUGCAGAUACUUCUACACUAAAGUGCAACAGAAGAGAGCAGAACUUGAGCAAGCCUUGGGUAUUCGUAAUAACUGAGUUAUUUUUUAUAUUGCAUAAUAAUUUCGCUUAUAAUGUCAUGUAUAAUGAUGUAGUACAUAUUAUAUACUUUAAUCAUUUUUUUAGUAGUCGAGUAUUUAGCAGAGUUACUGACUAUGUAAAUAUGCGAGUAUUGUUUAGUUAAAUACAGGUUAUUCGAUAUUAAAUUCUGUGUAAUAUUUUGUACAAUAAAACAAUUUUGAUUAA